AUGUCCCCUAACGCAAAUCUCGUGGCCUCGAUUGAGGCCCUGCUCGCGGCAGCAAAGGGGUACAAUAUCGACAAACCUGACCAUGUUGCACGCGUCAAUAUGCUUGGACAGCUGGAAGCAUUGCAUUACCAAUUGGAGGAUCCCACAGAGGCCAUGUUCAGACAGCUCACUAAUUACUCAGAGACGUCUGCCGUCCGCACUUUGCGCCAAAUGAAUGUCUUGGAGAAGAUACCACGUGAGGGUAGUAUCAGUUCAAAACAACUCGCUGCUAAUACCGGAACAAAUGAAGAAGUUCUGACUCGAUUGAUUAGAGUUCUCACCUCGACUGGCGUUCUGAAAGCACUCGGUGGUGAUGUAUAUGCGCAUACUUCUCGCUCUCUAGCCUUUCUCGAUACUGCCGAGAUAACGAGUUUCAGCGUCGACGAGAUUGCACCCAUAGCAUAUAAAAUGCCUGAGUACGUAGCAACUCACGAGCCCGGAUCGAUCUUCAACCCCAGGCAAUCGCCAUUUUCGUGGGGCAAUGAUGCAGAAGGGAAGACAUUUUACGAAUUCCUACUCGAUCAUCCAGACCGGUUGAAGAGAUUCAACACCGCCAUGACAACGCAGGAAAGCGCUUUGCCUGUCCUAGGAAUGUUUCCUUUUACCUCACUCCUCAAAGCCGAUGCGGAUCCUUCUAGAGCUUUUAUCGUCGAUGUGGCUGGUGGAAGAGGCCAGAGUCUACUGCAGAUCAAGCAAGAGAUCGAGGCUGCUGGUGGAGACAUGGGUAAGGGAAAAGUCAUCCUACAAGAUCGCAAGGCGGUUCUAGAUGCCGUACCUGAUGAGCAGAUACCUGGGGUGGAGAAGAUGGUCAUUGACUUUUUCCAAUCACAACCUGUAAAGAACGCACAAAUCUACUACCUCCGCCGAAUCAUGCAUAACUGGCAAGACGCCGAGUGUCGCAAAAUCCUGCAAAACAUCGCGGCAGCAAUGGCGCCCGACUCGAGACUUCUGAUUGGCGAGAUGGUAGUGCCCGACGUGCCUGAAGGCGUCGACAAGACUGUGUAUUGGAUGGAUCUCUGCAUGCUCAUCAUAGGCGGGAAAGAACGCUCCGAAAGGGAAUUCUCGACUUUGCUUGAUUCUGCUGGUUUGAAGCUGGUCAAGAUCUGGAGGAAUAAGCUGGGGAGUCAGACUGUGAUCGAGUGUCAUUUGAAAUAG